AUGAUUACCAGGGUGACCAAAAGAUUCUCAACAACAAGCUCACCACCAGGAACCGACCCGGUGAGAACCGUCUCACCCACGACUCCCCAUUCAUGGGAGGAAGACUUGAGACUGAAAACACCUGCUGCUGUUCCUCCACGUCUCCUGAGCCGAGGACAGGCAACUCAACAAUCCACAACCUCACCAUCAACUUUAACGAGAAGCGUCUCUCAGACGACACACGGUGGACGAGUCACCUCCGAGAUCAACGCCUCCGCCCAGACCACGACGGUGACCUCGCUCACGGCGACGACGGCUGAGGCUGAGGCUGAGGCUGGAUCUGAAGAGGAGCAGGAGGGAAAGUCCACAGAGAAGGCUCCAUGUGUGGAGGAGGAGGAGCUGGCAGACAGCUCGCAGGAGAAAGACGCAGAUGACUGGGAAGUUGGUCAGAAGAGGACGGUGCCGUUCUUUGCCUGGUCCUUGCUAGAAUCCGUUGGGUUGACUGACUUACAACUACAACCAGACAGCCAAGAAUGCAGUCACUCCUUCACCCUGUACGGCAGCGACGGUCGAGCCCGGCGGGAGAUGCCGGCUCUGGGGGAGAUGCUCCACUGCCUGACGGGUCGAUGCCCGCACGAGUACGAGAUGUACGGCUGCUACUGCGGACAGGAGGGCGGGGGUCGACCCACGGACCAGCUGGACAGGUGCUGCUUCUUCCAUCACUGCUGUCUGAAGCAGAUCGGCUCCAUGGGCUGCCGGUCGGAGAGGAAGCUCAACGCUCAGCUCUCCUGUGAGAACGGGAAACCACGAUGUCAGGGCGUCAGUGUGUGUGAUAAGCUGCAGUGUGUGUGUGAUAAAGCCACAGCAGAGUGUAUGUCAGCGGCCCACUUCAACCACACCCAGCCGCCGCCGCAGUGCCGUGGCCCCGCACCCCCCUGCCGCCGGGCCAGCAGACCCCCCAAACCACGGCCCACCUCCCAGUCCAGUGAGGAGAGUGAGGAGGGCCAGGGAGGAAACUCUCACGUGAACGUUGGAACGAUGAAGCCUGACGUCACUUCAACGUUUACGAGCACACCUCCACCACGACGAGACCAGAACAGUGAUGAAAUCUACGACCUGAAGGACCAGGAGAUGUCGAAGAAUCCUCCGGGAGGAUCUGAGGAGGGCAGAGAGCCACCGAUACACAGCGGGGUUCAAACCCACAACCACAGGCCGAGUCCAGGGCAGAGCCAAGGCCAGAGACCAGCAGGGAGACCAGGAGGGACCACGGUGAAAGUAGUGGAGGAGAAAAAGGUGGAGGAGGAGGAGGGGGGUGGAGAGGAGGAGGAGGAAGAAGAAGAAGAGGAGGAGAAAUAG